AUGUCAUCGUUAUCGUCAGUAGCGACUGACGAAGAUAUCGUUGAUCGAUGGAUUGAGAUCGAUGAUUCCAUCAGUUCGCCGCAACAAACUCUUGACGAAAUAUUGGCUGAGAAAUCAAUUAAUUUCGAAGAUGAAUUGAGCUUGGGCGAUGAUGAUUUAUUUUCAAUCGUAACAACAGGUCAUAUUUUGUCUACAGAAUCUGAUCUUUCUUAUCAACUUGAUCCACCGAUUUUGAAAGCUAAGCUUGUGACGGGUCGAGAAGUAGGUACCAGCGAUGUGAAUUUGCUUCGAAAAUUCCGACGAUCUGACUUAUUGAAUGACAGAGAAUCAGAAAGAAAUAUCCAUCGUUUGGACUUUCCUGAUUUGCACAGAGCAUUUUCUGAAAAAGUUGGAAGAAAAGCUGCUGCACGUACAUACAGAUUAAUAAUAUCAAUCGAAUCAAUUUCCCAUCAAUUAUUUGCUCAGUAUAGUCGACAGAAUGGCGGGCCAGCGAGUGCUAUUGCAGUUUCUGAUCAUUGUAUCGCGGUUGGAACUAGUAGAGGAAUGGUUCUUCUAUUUUCUCCAACAAAACUUGUUAUUGGUUUUGGCUCUGGUGCCUUAUGCAUUAUGUCUGUAGCUACGGGUAAAAUAGUACAUGAAGUGUUUGAUGCUGUCCAGCCUGGUAAAGGGAUUUUGCAAAUUAUUGCAGUAGACAGAGGUCACCGCCUUGUUAUUUUGGAUAAUGGUGGUUCAGUUUAUGAGCUACGUUUACCAAGUGCUAUACGCUCUCGUCAACUUCGUUGCAUUUUUUCAGGAUCAAAUGGCGAAGUGGUCUUUAUGAAUUCAUUGUCGAAAGAUCGAUUUAUAGCGCUGUUUUCUUUAACAAAAUUUUUUCUCAUCAGUUUACCUGAGGUACAAUGUAUAUUUAUGCUUCCAUAUACUGGUGCGUCUAAUCGGCCGCCUCUAUUUGAUUGGCGAAUUAUUGAUUCUAUGUUACUUGGGAAUAAGAAAAUCUUAGGUCCAGUGUUUUGUAUAGGUCGUGAGUCUCGAAUUGAUUUGUUUCACUUAACCAACAAUUCUCAUGGGUCCAAAAAUGUUACUCACAUAAGAUCGUUCCAGCUCAAAUAUGAUAUAAUUAAUUUGAAGUGGAUCGACUCUUACCGCUUUUUAACAAUAGAUCCGAUGGAGAAGGUUCAUUUAUUUGAUAUUGAACGAAAGGAUAUUAUUGAAGCAAGUAUGUCCAUAUCUGAAAUGGAACUCAUCUAUGCAACUGCUGAUUUUAAGGGAUUAUCGACUGGUGGAAACGUUAGUUUAGCUAUGCAAAUGCUUUCUGAUGCGGUCUGUUAUCAAUCUAUUUGUCGUGAGGGCAGUAUUUUGUACAUUUUAGGACAGUUUUCUGUGCAUACUAUUACAUUAAUGGAUCCAUUAACUCAACUGGACAUAUUCAUUGAGAGGAAUGAAAUCUCAUCAGCACUACUAUAUGCGACUGAUUUAUUCGCGAGUAAAGUAUUGAAUAGAUCUAGUAGAAAUGAUAUUCAAAAUUCCAUUUCUGCUUUGAUUCCUGACCUUAUCAAGCAGUUACUCGUUUUAACAAUUGAUGGCUUAAAUUUUGGGAAAAUCGUUCAACUUAUUGAUCAUUAUAAGAAGCAUAUCGGUUUGCUUGUACGAACUUGUGUAUUGACUAGUCAAUUCGAUUUAUUAUAUAACACCAUAUAUCCAUGCCUUGAAAAGGACCCACUUUCGAAAUCUGUGUUUUUUGAAUUCUUGGAUGAAUUAAUUAUAGAUGGUCAUUUUGAGGAUAUCUCUCCUUCUAUGAUUUCCGAUUACUUGCAUUACCUUAUGACCGAAGGUCAUCUUAACCAGUUUGAAGCUGCUGUUGUGCGUAUACCAAUCGAUAAGCUGGACAUACAUUAUGCUAUGACAAUCUGUAAAGCUAACUAUCUUUAUGAUGGUAUUAUAAGUAUAUAUAAUAGAGCUUUAUCUGAUUUUAUUGGUCCUCUAGAGGAUAUGUUGAUAGCUCUGGAGAGUUUUAUCGGUCUGGAUGGAGUAUUAUCAGAUUGUGAAACUGCUCAAGGCAAUAAAUUAUUAUUAUAUUUGCAGUGUUGCCUAUUAGGGCAAGCUUAUCCUUUCGGUAAUUUACCCUAUGAUUUGGCUAAAACUUUGCCGUUGAAAGUUUACAGUGAAGAUCGACUGCAAAAGUUGAUCUUGAUUUGCCAUCAAAUAACGGUAUGUCCAAAUGUCGAAUAUUCGACUUAUUUGCUUAAUUUUAUUGCUCAUUUACUCAAAAUUAAAUCAAUCAUGGCUCCACUUGAUAUUAUUUCUGAGCUAAUUCGAUCAAUCCUUUCAAAUAGUAUUUGCGAAGCUCAUACGAGCGAAACGGAACGUUCCAUCAUAGAAAUGCUAAGUAUGGUGGAUGGGUUGGAUGAAACUGUUAUUCUCAAUCUUGCCGAAAAAGCUUCUUUUAUGCAAGUUUGCGCGUAUUUUUAUAUGAAACGAAGACAAUUCCAUAACUUAAUUCAGUGUUAUAUUGCUGAUGAGAGAAAUUCGCCGUCUGUUUUCAUUGUUAUCGAAAAUCUUUUAUCUGAACUUUCGCAAGAUGAACAUUCUGAAUUUUUGCGUUUUAUAAGAUCGUCCAUCGUGGUUUUGACCAAAAUCGACUCAUAUCGGACCGCUGAACUUAUUUUAAAUUAUUUUAUUGAUUUGUUGAACGAUGAACAAAUUACUGGAAAUGAUGAAUAUUCUCUCUUAUACAAUUGCUUUUUAAUGUUGUUGGAUUUAUUACGACAUUGGUUGCCAAUUGGUUCAAGGAGUGAUAAGUGUUUGAAUCUUGCUGUUACUUAUGAUCUCACUUCAUCUAUAAUCUUAUUAUUGGAAGCACGGAUGCUAAUAGAUCGUGCCUUUGAAUUUGUCUUUGCGAAGUUUAUCAAAGAACUUAUUCGUUUAUCUUCUUCUUAUCACUUACAAUCACAAAAAGGUCAAUGGCUGUCAAAAUUAUUGUUAAAAAUACUUACGCUUCCUGAAUCAAGACUGACAGAGAAUGGAGGCUUCAUGAUGUAUAUCAACGAUAUUAUUGCAAGUAUAAUAGAAGGAGGAAGUGAAGAAACUGAGUUGAUUAUCGACACCUUGUUCAAUCAUCCAACUUUUAGGCACUCAACUUAUGGUAAAUAUAGUUCAUCAAUAAAGUGUAUAAUCGAAAUAUGUCAUUAUGAGAUGGUUUUAUUGCAGUCAAUUAUUAAAUGCAUUGAGCAAGAAUCUAAUGAAAGUAUCAAGAAAAUCGCAGUAGAAUCAACUUGUCGAUGUACUGAAUUAAUUCUCUCAAACAAAUGCAUUUUCUGUUCUCAGCCAUUAAGUAAAUCAUCAAUUGCUUAUAGAUGUGGGCACAUAAUGCAUAUGGACUGUCAGCCCGAUACAAAUGAUCGUCGUUGUCUAUGCGACCAUUUUAAUCGGCGAACCGAUAUAUUUGACAGGCGUAUGCAAUUAAAUUCGAAUUCGUGCUCCAAAAUCAAUUCUGUUCUGAAUAUUUUUGAUGACCGCAGCAUGAAAUUGAAACUCGGUCCUUCUAGAGACUCUUAA